AUGCCUCCCAUCCGUCGCUCAAAGCGUGUUGCCACUCCCACCGGACCACAGAACUCUGUGCAAGGCCAACCAGUUGCAGCUCGUCCUGCUCUACGCUCGCGGACUGCACGUGGGAUGUCUCGUUCUGCUCUUUCUCGGGGUGCUGAUUCUUUACCAUCAACAUCACCUGCGGCUACAACAAUUGCGUCGCCUGCAUCGAUAGUAAGCCAACCGUCCUUGUCUGCCGAGCUGAUCUCGACCUUGGUUUCGUCAGUGACAACUGCAGUUACCCAACAGCUAUCAGCGCUUCUACCAACAACUGCAGCGACGCCAAUCGUUCCUCAUGAGGAGGGUGCUUCUUCUUCGACACACGCUGAAAACCUGGUCAACGAUGCCAUUGCGUCAACACACUCCAGUCUGUCAG